AUGAGGGAAAAGGUGGAGAAGGAGUUACGUAAAUUGGAAGACCAGGGUAUUAUUGAACGAGUAAAACGGCCUACCCCUUGGGUUAGUCCAAUAGUGGUGGUGCCAAAACCCAGAAACCCGGAUGAAAUUAGAAUUUGCGUAGACAUGCGACAACCUAAUAAGGCAAUUAUCAGGGAAAGACACCCAAGUCCUACGAUUGAUGAUAUAAUUGCAAAAGUGAAUGGGUCCACUAAAUUCAGUAAGAUAGAUCUAAAGUCUGGUUACCACCAACUUCCGCUAGCCGAGGAAUCGCGCUACAUUACUAUUUUCUCCACACAUAAUGGCUUAUGGAGAUAUAAACGACUAAAUUUCGGUAUCUGUAGUGCCAGCGAAAAGUUUCAGCAUAUAGUUUCGGAAGUUAUUUCCGACAUCGAAGGGGCAAUUAACAUAUCAGAUGAUAUUUUUAUAUUUGGUCUCAAUACAGAAAUUCACGACAAAUAUUUGCAUGAGGUGCUAACACGUUUAAACAGUAAUGGCCUAACAGCAAAUUUGGCGAAAUGUGAAUUCAACAAAGAACGCAUGGAAUUUUUCGGAUUAAUAUUUUCUAAACACGGUGUUGAAGUAGACCCAAAGAAAGUAAAGGCGGUAACAGACAUGAAUGAGCCUAGCAACGUUACAGAGAUCCAAAGCUUUCUAGGUAUAACUAAUUAUUGCUCUCGGUUCAUAAAAAAAUAUUCAACAAUUACAGAACCAUUGAGGCAAUUAACACAUAAAGGAGUUGAGUUUAUUUGGGGCAAAGAACAUACGUUAGCUUUCGAAACAUUAAAGCAAGCCUUAGCAAAUGCGCUUGUGAUGGCAUAUUUCAAUGUGCAUCAAGAGACAGAAUUAAUUGUUGAUGCAUCCCCUGUCGGGUUAGGAGCGAUGCUGGUACAAUAUUAUACGAGCGACGAUGGUAAGCGUAUACCGCGCAUUGUUAGCUAUGGUACUCGCGCGCUCACAGCAGUUGAACAAAGAUACAAAAGUCAGCUGGAGCGUGAAGCGUUGGCCAUUCUCUGGGCGUGCGAGCAUUUUCAUGUAUAUAUUUAUGGCGCACAAAUAACUGUGGUAACGGACCACAAGCCGUUAGUUACUUUGUUUGGCAAUGCCAAUGCCAGUCUUCCGUCGAGAUUAGAACGUUGGGCGUUAAGACUACUCCCAUACAAUCCCUCGAUUGUAUUUAGAAAGGGUAGAGAUAAUCCUGCGGAUUACCUAUCGCGUCACCCGGUAUCCAUAGAAACCAGCUCUCGCAAAGAUCUUGUCUCUGAAGAAUAUGUAAAUUUCAUAGAGACCCACAGUAUUCCUAAAGCGGUGACAUUAUAUGAAUUGAAAACAGCGACCAAAGAGGAUGCCACAUUGCAGUCUCUCAUAGAGCUAAUUUCAUCACAGCAGUGGCACUUAAUCAAAGUAAAAUUUGCGAAAUCAAAAACGGUAGAUAUUGAUGAAUUGUUGGCAUUCCGUAAAAUUGCAACCGAGUUAACAGUGUCUAAUUACGGGCUAAUCUUGAAAGGAACUAAGUGGUCUCAUUUAGCAGCUGAUUUUUAUGGCCCAUUGCCAUCCGGGGAACACCUUCUUGUAGUCAUAGAUGAGUACUCCACAUUCCCGGAGGUCGAAAUAAUUAGGUCACUUGCAGCAAAGACUGUCAUUCCGGUAUUAGAUAAACUAUUUUCAUCGCGAGGAAUACCGGACAAGUUCAAAACUGAUAACGGCCCACCAUUCAAUGGAGAUGAAUUUAAAACUUUUGCGCGUGGUCUAGGGUUUAAACACCAAAGAAUAACUCCAUGUUGGCCAGAGGCCAAUGGAUGUGCGGAGCGAUUCAUGAAAACAAUUGGCAAGGUGUGCAAAUGCGCCCAAGUGGAAGGUAAAUCAUGGAAAAAAGAACUAUACAAAUUCUUACGCAACUAUCGCGCCACUCCCCACACGUCGACUGGCAUCCCGCCAGCAACGAUAGCAAAUGGUAAGUCAUUAAAAACUAAGCUUCCACAGAUACCUAAGGUUGGUUGUAUGCCAGAAGUGAUACAUGACAAAUUAAAACUCAAUGAUAAACAGUAA